AUGGAACUGUUGGCAGAGUCUGGCGAUUCGCAAAUGAUAUUUAACAUAGAAACUCAAGGUGAAUCCAGGAAGUUCCUUCAGCCCAGUGCGGAUAAUGACCCUAAACUUCAAGAACUGAAGAUGUUUCUUAUUGACUGGAUCAAUGAUGAGUUAAAGCAGGAACACAUCAUAGUACAGAGCUUAGAGGAAGAUCUCUUCGAUGGGUUAAUUCUUCAUCACCUUUUACAAAAAAUUGGAAACCUCACACUGGAAGUAGAAGAAAUUACACUGUCCACAAUCAACCAGAAGAGGAAGCUAGGCGUCAUUCUGCAGGAGGUGUCCCGGUGUCUGCAACUGGAGGGCAGCCAGCUGAAGUGGAGUGUGGCUUUGAUCCACAGCAAAGACCUUCUGGCCACAUUACACUUGCUUAUCGCCUUGGCGCAGCACUUCCAUCCUGACCUACCCCUUCCUGCCAAUGUUUCUAUAGAGGUGGUUGUGGUGGAGCCAACCAAAACCGGAAUGAAGACAGGAAAAGCCAUUGAAUGCUUCACCGGCUCCAGAGAGGAAGACGCGGCUCCUAAGAAAGAUGCUUUUGACCAACUCUUUGAAAUGAACCCAGACAGGAUAAAUGAUGUAAAACAGGCCAUAGUGAAUUUUGUGAAUAAACAACUGGUUAACCUGAGCCUUACUGUGAACGACUUGGACUCUCAGUUCGCUGAUGGCGUAAUUUUGCUGCUGUUAAUUGGGCAAGUGGAAGGCUAUUUUAUACCUCUAUCUACAUUCUUUCUGUGUCCGGGAUCAACAGAAGACAGGCUCCACAAUGUUAUCCUUGCCCUGGAUCUUCUUAUGGAUGGAGGGAUCUUAACAAAUCCAGCAGAUGCUGCAGAGAUUGUGAACAGAGAUUUAAAAACCACCCUGCGAGUUUUGUACAGCCUGUUCCUCAAACACAAAAACAUGCUGAAAUCUUCAUGAAAAAGAGGAUUUGGACAAAGCAGAGUCAACUGGAGCCCAGCUGAGCCAAGGAUGAAAACACAAUUUA